GAAGUAGCAUACGUCAUCCCGCUAACUUCAUAUGUUGGGGACAUGUUAACGGUCGGGUGGUUUCGGGUUUCUGUCGGCUGUUUUCGGCAUUUUUCGGUCGUUCUGUGACCGACUUUUGGUCCCGAAGGUGUCUGUCUGCUGUGACGUCACCAUGGUCCUCAAGUACCUGCUGUCAGCUCUCGUGAACAAAGCUCAGGUGGUGGAGAAACUGUCCGAGUCUCUUCCGGUCCGCAGCGCCGCGAAGCUCACCGCCCUGGCCGUGCUGAGAGCGCAGGAGGCCGGCAGAGAGGCCGCGGGCCGCGCGCUCAGCUCUCGGACGGUCCAGCAGAUCCGACGGGAGGCCGCGGAGGUUACGAGGGGACCGGGAGACCUGAGCCAGAAGGCCCGAAGGAUCCGGGAGUCCCUGGUGGAGGACGUUAGAGACGGUUUGACCGAGGCGAGUCGGUCUAAACAAUUGAACCGGUCCAAACAAGUCAGACACAGGAAGGACUGAUGCUACAUCCGGCAUGAACUUUCAAAAUUAAAGCAUGCUCAACGGUUUGGGGGUUUUGAAAGACACUGGAAUAUUUAAGCUUUUGUGAUUAAUAUUCUGGUCAUUACAGGUUUGUUUUUUGUUUCAUGAUCAUUAAAAAUCUUUGACUAGA